CAUAAGCAGCGCGCGGUUGUUUGGAUGUGGAAGCACCGAGCUCUGAGAUGGAUCGGUACCUGCUACUGGUGAUCUGGGGGGAAGGAAAAGUCCCAUCGGCAGCGGCUGGGGAGGCGGAGCAUGGGCCUGGGGUGUCGUCCUUUGAGGGUACGGAGAAGCAGUCGGACUUAACAGCAGCAAAUGUCUAUCACCUCCUGAAAAGAAGUAUCAGUGCUUCAAUUAAUCCAGAAGACAGUACCUUCCCCGCUUGUUCAGCGGGCGGUAUACCUGGUUCCAAGAAGUGGUUCUUUGCAGUACAGGCAAUAUGUGGAUUUUAUCAGUUUUGCAGUUCUGACUGGGAAGAGAUUCAUUUUGGUACAGAAAAAGGUGAAAUUGAAGAUGUUCUUCAAACAAAUAUCGAAGAAUGUUUGAGUGCUGUUGAGUGUUUUGAAGAAGAAGAUAGUAAUAGCAGAGAAUCAUUAUCCUUGGCUGAUCUAUAUGAAGAAUCUGCGGAAAAUUUGCAUCAGUUAUCAGACAAACUUCCUGCUCCUGGUAGAGCAAUGAUAGAUAUAAUACUAUUGCCUUCUGACAAAGAUCCUCCUAAAUUGAAAGACUGUUUACCCACAAUAGGAGCAUUAAAACAUUUGAGGGAAUGGUAUUCAGCAAAAAUUACUAUAGCAGGAAAUCAUUGUGGAAUAAAUUGUCAGAAAAUUGCAGAAUACCUUUCUGCUGAUACUGUGUCUUUAGAAGAUCUCAGAAAUGCUGUUGACUCAAAGGAAUUAUGGAGAGGAAAGGUUCAGAUAUGGGAAAGAAAGUUUGGAUUUGAAAUUAGUUUUCCUGAAUUUUGUUUAAAGGGAGUCACACCUAAGAAUUUUAGUACAUCUAAUUUAAAUACUGGUUUCCUUGCCAAAAAGAUAAUACCAUCAAAGGAUAAGAAUGUUUUGCCAAAGGUUUUCCAUUAUUAUGGCUCUGCUUUAGAAUUUGUACAGAUGAUAAAAUUAUCAGAUCUACCCUCCUGCUAUAUGUCGGACAUUGAAUUUGAGUUAGAAUUGACAAAAAACAAUACCAAACAGAAUUCCAUUUUGCUGUUGGAGCAGAUUUCUUCACUGUGUGGCAAGGUUGGUGCUCUUUUUGUUUUGCCAUGUACUGUUAGUAACAUGCUUAUUCCACCUCCCAACCAACUCAGUUCAAGAAAAUGGAAGGAAUACAUAGCUAAGAAGCCUAGGACAAUCAGUGUUCCAGAUGUUGAAGUGAAAGGAGAGUGUUCUAGCUAUUAUUUCUUGUUACAAGGUAAUGGCAAUAGAAAAUGUAAAGCCACAUUGAUUCACUCAGCCAACCAGAUCAAUGGCUCAUUUGCCCUCAGUUUAAUUCAUGGGAAAAUGAAAGCAAGGAUAGAAGAAACCAAAUUGAGCUUUCCUUUGGACUUCUUGUCACUUCCACAUUUUUCUGAAGAGCAGCUUAUGCAGAGAGAGAAACAGUUAGCUAAUGUUCAAGCUUUGGCUUUGAAAGAAUAUCUAAAAAGGAGAAAGUUGGCAAACAAGCCUGAAGUAAUUUCGGUUGAUGAACUCAAAAGUCUAUUAGUGCUCACAAGGCAACACUUUUUAGAUCAUUUUGAUGCUGAUGUUCCUAAAACAAUUCUAAUAAAGACAGACAAAACCUCCAAUAUGUUGAAUGAUACCAGUCCAGUGGAACCUAGUUCUUCAAGUCUAAUGGAAACCAAUCCUCUAGAAUGGCCAGAAAGGCAUGUUUUUCAAAAUUUGGAAACUUUCGAAAAAGCAAAACAAAAAAUGAGAACUGGCUCCUUACCUUGUGCAUCGGAACAGUUGCUGGGCCACAGAGAGGGUCCACGGGAUUCAAUUACGUUAUUGGAUGCUAAAGAAUUGCUUAAAUUCUUUACUUCAGAUGGAUUACCAAUUGGAGAUCUUCAACCUUUACAGAUUCAAAAAGGAGAAAAGCCCAUUGCUGUCACGGACACUUUGGUUUUAAUGAUCUUUCUCUUGUUUAGAUAUUGCUUGGAUGACCGAAAAGCAUUAGAAAGAGAUGGGGGAUUUUCUGAACUCCAGUCUCGUCUUAUUCGUUAUGAAACGCAAACCACCUGCACCCGAGAGAGCUUUCUAGGGUCUUCUGUGCUGAGCCCUCUUCCAUCUCCUGCAGUUUUAUCAGAGCCUGGAAGUGUCCCUGAUGGGGAAGCUUUACAAAGUGAGCUCCGGACAGAAGUAUCCCGAUUGAAAAGGAGAUCAAAAGACCUGAAUUGCCUUUAUCCUCCAAAAAGACUUGUGAAAUCUGAAAGUUCAGAUUCUCUUCUUUCCCAGACGAGUGGCAGCACUAGGCGUCAUCAGCAUGCAGUGACAGCCAGGCAGCCGCGGGCAGAGAGAGCAUUACCUGUAGCUGGUCCGUCGGUUCCAGUGCUUAGCUCUGGGACUUCAAAAGUCACUGCAAAGGCCAGUUCUGGUAAAAAACGUGGGCAUGAAUCAAAAACAUCAAGGCAAAUUAAGGAAUCAAGAUCACAGAAACACACACGGAUAUUAAAAGAAGUAGUUACCGAAACCCUGAGGAAACACAACAUUACUGAGGCUCAUGAAUGUUUUACGGCAUGCAGCCAGCAUCUCUUUGAGAUUUCAAAGUUCUACCUAAAGGAUCUUAAAACUUCAAGGGGUCUAUUUGAAGAAAUGAAGAAAACAGCAAACAACAAUGCUGUGCAGGUAAAUAAAUUAUUCCCAAGAAAUUACAUUCAAUUAAAUAGCUGUUUUAUUUCAGGGUAGCUGUGAUGCUGUUUUAUGUGCACUAAGAACACUCCUUAAAAUACUUCAUAAUAGACACACAAGCAGAGUAUUCAGUCGUAUGUAAUGGGCCACUCUGUUAACAAGAGUUUCCAAAACGGUAUCAAGAAAGAAAAAUCUAAAAAUAAAAAGAGCUGGAAAAAUGAAUCCAUUUUAAUUAGUAUUAUUCAAAGUUUGGUUUAAUUUCUUUCUGGUGACCCUUUGAAAACAUUUUCAAAUACAUGUGAGAAAAUAGAGCAGAAUCUUCAUUUGUCCACUGAGAACAAUUAUUGUUCUCUGCAGUGGAAG